AAUUGUCCUGGGAAUGUCCGAGCUGAUGUUUGAGCCAGCAUGUCGCGGAGGAAGCAAGCGAAGCCUCAACAUUUCCAAUCCGACCCCGAAGUGGCCUCGCUCCCCCGGCGAGAUGGAGACACAGAGAAGGGUCAACCCAAUCGCACCCCCAAGAGCAAGGACGCCCACGUCUGCGGCCGGUGCUGCGCCGAGUUCUUUGAAUUAUCAGAUCUUCUGCUCCACAAGAAGAACUGUACUAAAAACCAAUUAGUUUUAAUUGUCAAUGAGAGUCCCGCCUCCCCACCCGAAACCUUCUCCCCCAGCCCCACUCCCGAGAACCCUGAGGAACAAAUGAGCGAUCCGGUGAACAAAGCAGAGCAGGUCGACGGCAGUGACCUUCCGGAGCACCACGGACCGGACAGGGACGAGUCCAUGGAGGUGGAGGCCCCGGUGGCUAACGCGGGCGGCAGUGGCACCCUGAGUGGCAGUGCCAGCAGCGCCACCCCGAGCUGCGGCAGCAGCUCCUCCACAGGUACCUCAGCGAUCACAACCUCUCUACCUCAACUCGGGGACCUGACGACGCUGGGCAACUUCUCCGUGAUCAACAGCAACGUCAUCAUUGAGAACCUCCAGAGCACCAAGGUGGCGGUGGCCCAGUUCUCCCAGGAAGCAAGGUGCACGGGGGCCUCCGGAGGCAAGCUGGCCGUCCCCGCCCUGAUGGAGCAGCUCUUAGCGCUGCAGCAGCAGCAAAUCCACCAGCUGCAACUGAUCGAACAGAUUCGUCACCAAAUAUUGCUGUUGGCAUCUCAGAAUGCAGACCUGCCAACAUCUUCUAGUCCUUCUCAAGGUACUUUACGAACAGCUGCCAACCCCUUGUCCACACUAAGUUCCCAUUUAUCUCAGCAGCUGGCGGCAGCAGCUGGGUUAGCACAGAGCCUUGCUAGCCAAUCUGCCAGCAUCAGCGGUGUGAAACAGCUCCCCCCCAUCCAGCUACCUCAGAGCGGUUCUGGCAACACCAUCAUUCCACCCCAGUCCCACAGCGGCUCUUCCCCCAACGUGAACGUGCUGGCGGCAGCAGGUCCCACCCCAUCCUCGGAAAAAGGGGCUCCGAGUACUGGUGCCUCCCACGCCAGCAGCCCGGCAGUCUCAGCAUCGUCCUCACCAGCUUUUGCAAUAAGCAGUUUAUUGAGUCCUGCGUCUAAUCCACUUCUACCUCAGCCGGCCCCUGCUAACUCGGUUUUCCCCGGCCCAUUGCCCAACAUCGGCACGACGGCAGAGGAUUUAAACUCCUUGUCUGCCUUGGCCCAGCAGAGGAAAAGCAAGCCACCAAAUGUCACCGCCUUCGAAGCGAAAAGCGCUUCCGACGAGGCGUUCUUCAAACACAAGUGCAGGUUCUGCGCGAAGGUCUUCGGCAGCGACAGUGCCUUGCAGAUCCACCUCCGCUCCCACACCGGGGAGAGGCCCUUCAAGUGCAACAUCUGCGGGAACAGGUUCUCCACCAAGGGGAACCUCAAAGUCCACUUUCAGCGCCACAAAGAGAAAUACCCUCACAUCCAGAUGAACCCCUACCCCGUGCCUGAGCAUCUGGACAACAUCCCCACCAGUACCGGCAUCCCCUACGGCAUGUCCAUUCCUCCUGAAAAGCCAGUCACCAGCUGGCUAGACACCAAACCGGUCCUGCCCACUCUGACCACGUCUGUCGGUCUGCCGUUGCCCCCAACCCUCCCGAGCCUCACCCCCUUCAUCAAGACCGAAGAGCCAGCCCCGAUCCCCAUCAGCCAGUCUGCCGCCAGCCCCCCGGGCUCUGACAAAAGUGACUCGGGGGCCCCCGAGCUGGCCCUGAGAAACCCGGGUGGGAUCCUGGAGGAAGCUGAGGGCCCCACUGGGCCACCCUCUAGUGGCAAAACUGAAGAGAGUGGCGGGGUCACCAGCUCAGCCCCAGCCCUGAGCACAGGUGCACUGAGCUCCCUCGUGCCCGACAGUGGCCCGGGCGGCACCUCCACCUUCACCAACCCUUUGUUGCCGCUCAUGUCCGAGCAGUUCAAGGCUAAGUUUCCUUUUGGGGGACUCUUGGACUCCACCCAGGCCUCAGAGACAUCCAAGCUUCAGCAACUGGUGGAAAACAUUGACAAGAAGGCCACUGACCCCAAUGAGUGUGUCAUCUGCCACCGGGUCCUCAGCUGUCAGAGCGCCUUGAAGAUGCACUACAGGACCCACACGGGGGAGAGGCCCUUUAAGUGCAAGAUCUGUGGCCGGGCUUUCACCACGAAAGGGAACCUGAAAACUCACUACAGCGUGCAUCGCGCUAUGCCCCCGCUCCGAGUCCAGCACUCCUGCCCCAUCUGCCAGAAGAAGUUCACGAACGCUGUUGUGCUACAGCAGCACAUUCGAAUGCACAUGGGAGGCCAGAUCCCCAACACCCCAGUCCCUGACAGCUACCCCGAGUCCAUGGAGUCUGACACCGGCUCCUUCGAUGAGAAGAAUUUCGAUGACCUGGACAACUUCUCCGAUGAAAACAUGGAAGACUGUCCCGAGGGCAGCAUCCCGGACACGCCCAAGUCCGCGGAUGCAUCCCAGGACAGCCUGUCUUCCUCGCCUCUGCCUCUGGAGAUGUCGAGCAUCGCCGCUUUGGAAAAUCAGAUGAAGAUGAUCAAUGCUGGCCUGGCUGAGCAGCUGCAGGCCAGCCUGAAGUCAGUGGAGAAUGGGUCCGUCGAGGGGGACAUCCUGACCAACGAUUCAUCCUCGGUGGGCGGUGACGUGGAGAGCCAAAGCGCUGGCAGCCCGGCCAUCUCAGAGUCUACCUCUUCCAUGCAGGCUCUGUCCCCAUCCAACAGCACCCAGGAGUUCCACAAGUCACCCGGCGCUGAGGAGAAGCCACAGAGAGCAGCAGCAAGUGAGUUCGCCAACGGUUUGUCUCCCACCCCAGUGAAUGGUGGGGCUUUGGAUCUGACAUCGAGUCACACCGAGAAAAUCAUCAAAGAAGAUUCUUUGGGGAUCCUCUUCCCUUUCAGAGACCGGGGGAAAUUUAAAAACACUGCUUGUGACAUUUGUGGCAAGACAUUUGCUUGUCAGAGUGCCUUGGACAUUCACUACAGAAGUCAUACCAAAGAGAGACCGUUUAUUUGCACAGUUUGUAAUCGUGGCUUUUCCACCAAGGGUAAUUUGAAGCAACACAUGUUGACACAUCAGAUGCGAGAUCUACCAUCACAGCUUUUCGAGCCCAAUUCCAACCUUGGCCCCAAUCAGAACUCGGCGGUGAUUCCCGCCAACUCGUUGGCGUCUCUUAUCAAAACAGAGGUCAACGGCUUUGUGCAUGUUACUCCUCAGGACAGUAAGGACACCCCCGCCAGCCACGUUCCUGCUGGGCCUCUGUCAUCCUCCGCCACGUCCCCAGUGCUGCUCCCAGCUCUGCCCAGGAGAACCCCCAAACAGCACUACUGCAACACAUGUGGCAAGACCUUCUCCUCGUCGAGCGCCCUGCAGAUUCACGAGAGAACUCACACUGGAGAGAAACCCUUCGCUUGCACGAUUUGUGGGAGAGCCUUCACCACAAAAGGCAAUCUGAAGGUACACAUGGGCACUCACAUGUGGAAUAGCACCCCUGCCCGCCGGGGUCGGCGGCUCUCCGUGGAUGGCCCCAUGACAUUUCUAGGAGGCAAUCCUGUAAAGUUCCCAGAAAUGUUCCAGAAGGAUUUGGCGGCCAGGUCAGGCAGCGGGGAUCCUUCCGGGUUCUGGAAUCAGUAUGCAGCAGCGCUCUCCAACGGGCUGGCGAUGAAGGCCAAUGAGAUCUCUGUCAUCCAGAACGGGGGCAUCCCUCCCAUUCCGGGCAGCCUGGGCAGCGGGAGCAGCUCGCCGGUCAGUGGGCUGACCGGGAACCUGGAGAAGCUCCAGAACUCAGAGCCCAACGCACCCCUGGCCGGCCUGGAGAAGAUGGCAAGCAGCGAGAACGGGACCAGCUUCCGAUUCACCCGCUUCGUGGAAGACAGCAAAGAGAUCGUCACGAGUUAAAGGCACCCUGGCAGGAGGAAGAAAGAGCCUUCCUGUUCAGAAGGAGACCCACGGCGGCCUCCAGCUCCUCACCCCGUGCCCCCCACUUUCUGGUCCCCCCACCCCCCGCCCAAUCUCUGAACUACAACAUUCUGCAGACAUUCUUUUGUACUUUGUUCAACUUCUAGAGUUCUAAGAAAGCUUAUUUAUUAGUGAUAUAACCUUGCUUUGCAAACAGAAUGCAAGCGUUAACUUUGGUCUUCUGUAUUUUGGGACUAAAUACUAAUUGACUAGCGUCCUGUAAACUUGCUGUAACAUUUAUGGCAACUGCAAGUUGCCCUGCUAGGCGGUCUUAAUCUGGCAUUAACUUAUUUUCCAUAUCCAGUUUAAUAUGAAUCUGGUGUUGAUGCAAUGCCUCAGUGAUGCAUUAGAUCUCUAAUAAAGUCUGUAUAUAAAUGUACACUUUGAUCCUGCUGGAGAAUUUUAUCAGCAAACACAUUGUCUAAUCUUUUGAAACAAAUUUAAGGAAAGGACUGAAAGUACAGACUGAACUGUGUGGUUCUUUGAAAGGUUUGGGUUUUUUUUGUUUUUUGUUUGGUUUUUUUUUUUUUUAAUUUUGAUUCUAAAAUUCAAUCUGCCUGUUUUUUUUUUUUUUUGUAGAUUUAACCAUUUCCGUUUUGAACUGCUAUUUGUAUUGUGCUUUUUACUUGAGUCGUCCUCAAUGUUAAUAAGUUUCUGUACAGUGAUAAGCACGCAGAAUUCUUUAGAGAAAAUACCAGUGUUGUUUUGGUAGUUGAAACUGAGACGUAACAUUUUGCCUUGUAGGUAUAUUCACAAUAGAAAAUGUGUGCUGGAAUUUCACAAUGCUGCUAAGUAUAGCAUCUUGAACAACCUUCAGUGGAGAAAAUGUAGAUGCUCUUGUAUAUACGAUAAGAAGUAUCACUUUCAUUAAAAUGUACAUAUGUUCCUUACAAGAGCAAAUGCUUCUUCUUGAUCAAGAGAGCAGGUAUAGUGUUCGUUUAUUUUGUAUUAGGUAUGGAAGAAAAAAAUUGGACUGUUACAUGCACUUUCUUGGAAAGUUGAAAGGAAAGGGGGGUCCAAUUUCUUUAACAUUUAAUACUUACUAACAACAGAGAUACUGUAAUUUUACUCAAGUAAUCAAAUACAUUUUUUUUUGCAACAGAUAAAACAAAA